AGCACAAUUUGGACGCUGUACUUUUUGUAUGGCCUACAUAUAGGAGCACCGACAGUGCUUAUCGCACAGUUACGGAAAGAAUCAAAAUCUCCAUCCGAUAUUGACGAUGAAAUGGCUUCAUGGAUUACGUCCAUUGUUACUUUUGGAGCAUUGCCGUGGGUGUUUAUUUUACCUAUGAUUUCACAUUUUAUCGGAAGAAAGAAAACAUUUGUAUUUGUAUACCUUAGUUGUUUCGCUGGAUUUCUUGUUCUAUAUUUGUGUAAUAAUUUAACGCAACUUUUGAUUGGUGAAGUUGUUUUAGGAAUAGUAUUAGGCUGUUUACAUGCGGUUGGUCCUUUGACGAUAAAUGAGUACGUAUCACCUAAAUACAGAGGUAUUAUUAUGACUAUUAAAUCUGCUUCCAGUUAUUGGGGGAUGUGGGUUGCAAAUGUUAUAGGAACAUUUUUGAAUUGGAAAAACAUCACAAUACUGGCAUUUCUUUGCAAUAUUUAUUCUUUAACAGUUUUCAUGUGGCCGGAAUCACCCUAUUGGUUGGCAGAAAAAGGAAAAUUUGAAGAAUGUAUGAAGUCACAUAGAUGGUUAAAGGGAACUUCAGUUGAGGCAGAAAAGGAACUUGAUACGAUUGUACGUUCCUAUAAACGUUCUCGUGGCGAACAAUCUGAUAUAAAAUCAAUAUUUUCAGAGGAAUACGUUUUGUCGUUAUACAAAACAGCUACAAACAAAACAUUUUAUAAACCGGUUUCAAUUGCAAGUUUGAUAGUCUUACAAUAUCACUUAUCUGGUAAAUUGGUAUGCAGUAUGUAUGCUAUAGAGUUACUGAAAAAGAUAACAAAAGAUGAAACAACUGCUUACAGAGGAAUGUUGAUUUUAGACGGCAUCACAGUAUUCAGUGUGUAUUGUGGUUGUGUUAUAUCACAAUUUUUUAAAAGAAGAACAUAUUUACUUAGUACAUCGUCGUUCGCUAUAGCAUUUUUGUAUAUACUGAGUCUGUGCCUUUAUUUAAUCAGAGAAUCCAUAAUUCCUGAGAAUAACUUUAUAACUAUAGGUUUGUUAGGAUUUUAUUCUGUAGCUGUUAGCAGUGGUCCAAUGAUACUUUUAACUUCUAUAUGUGGUGAAUUGAUACCAAUUAGGUAUCAAAGAUCAUCCGCUAUAAUUGUUGGUACAGUUGCUGCAACUAUAAUGGUGGUUACUAUUAAAUCAAGUCUCUUUUUAUUUAAAACCUUGACAUUAGCUGGCACCUUCUUAUGCUUUGCUAUUUUGUCUACUAUUAUAACAAUUCUUUUGUAUUUAUACAUGCCUGAGACAAAAAACAAAAGUCCAUUGGAAAUAGAAGAAUAUUUCGUAGGAACUUCAAACACACGUGAGAAUGACAAAAAUGUUGGUUUAAUAGCUCGCAAUAAUUCAAACUAAUGUGAUAUAAUCUAUUAUUAGGAAUAUAUUAUAAAAUCUAAUAAACGAUAUCUGGAAAAUAUUGGAUACAAUUCUAAUGAUUAAAGGAAACCAAAACACUAGUUUAUUUAAAAAAAACCGGCAAAAAAGUUUGGUUUAACAUACCUAAUAGUCGCUUACCUUGGACAGUACUUUUAAAGCACAAUGAAUAGAUAUUAAUAAAAUACAAAACUAUAUCCUUAUUAUCAUAUUGUGAUGAUCUCUUGUGUGUAAAAUAAUAUAUAGCUUGUAUUUUUAAUUCGCUCUAAAUUAAAAGUGGUUUUAAAAAUGUAUUGUUAGAACUAAGACAGUAGAUUUUUGUAGCAUAGGCGCUUUAUGUUGUGGGAAUAUUUAACCUCAUUUCAAAUAUCUUUUACCGAAAUAUUCAUAGCUCUACCACGAAGGAUAUUUAUUUUUUAUUCUGAAUGUACGAUUUUAUUGUAUUCUGUGAUUGAAUUAAAACUUCGUGCGUUGGUUUCCUCUAAAAGUUUAUGCCCGUCCAUACAUAAAAUACUUAGCUACUCAUCGUUCAUUCAAAAUACUCGUUAUUAAAUAGGUGAUUAGACAUACAAUUUGAAGGCUAUUCGUAUAAUUUUGGAAAUUUUAAACAGGUUUUGAUUAAAAUCUUUAAAACUCGGGUUUGUUCUGCUUUAUUAUCCGAUAUAGAUACACAAGAUUUUAGUAAAAGAUACACUGUUGAAUUG